CACUGCCAUCGCAGAAGCUCUCUUCUGUACACCACUGUCUGCUUGGAUGACACGCAUCCCUUCCUCCGUCCUGACAUCCUAAUUCACAAUGUUGCGCAACACCCUGCGCCAGUGCUCUCGCAAGCUCCCGGGGAGCGCCCCAACCAGAGCAUCUUUCACCACCUUCGCACAGCCCUCGAGAACGGCCAUCUCGACAUGUCGCCGUCCUCUUGCGCUUACCCACCGCCGUCCCUAUGCCGUUUCGGCGGAGGAGACCAGCAAGGGCGUUGACCCCAACGACUCGUUCCUCCAGGGCAACACGGCAAACUACAUCGAUGCCAUGUACAUGCAGUGGAAACACGACCCCGAGAGUGUUCACUACUCAUGGCAGGUCUAUUUCCACAACAUGGAGUCUGGCGACAUGCCCGUGUCGCAAGCCUUCCAGCCGCCGCCCACCAUCAUGAGCUCGCCCCAGGGCGCUACAGCCAGACCGGGUAUGGGUAUGGCCAAUGUCGAAGGCACAGACAUCAUGAACCAUCUCAAGGUCCAAUUGCUCGUCCGCGCAUACCAGGCUCGUGGCCACCACAAGGCCAAGAUUGACCCGCUCGGCAUUCGCUCAGAGGCUGAGUCUUUUGGCUACAACAAGCCCCGCGAACUCGAGCUUUCCCACUACAACUUCACCGACAAGGACUUGGAGCAGGAAAUUGAGCUCGGCCCGGGUAUCCUCCCCCGCUUCAGGACAGAGUCUCGCAAGAAGAUGAAACUUAAGGAGAUCAUCGACGCCUGCGAGCGCCUGUACUGUGGCUCCUACGGAAUAGAAUACAUUCACAUCCCGGACAGGGAGCAGUGCGAUUGGCUCCGUGAGCGCAUUGAGGUUCCCACGCCGUUCAAGUACUCCGUCGAUGAGAAGCGCCGCAUCCUGGACCGCCUCAUCUGGGGCACAAACUUCGAAGCCUUCUUGGCUACCAAAUACCCCAAUGACAAGCGAUUCGGUCUUGAAGGUGGCGAAAGUUUGAUUCCCGGAAUGAAGGCUUUGAUUGACCGAAGUGUCGAUUAUGGCGUCAAGGAUAUCGUUAUUGGUAUGCCUCAUCGUGGACGUCUCAACGUGCUCUCCAACGUCGUCAGGAAACCCAACGAGUCCAUUUUCAGUGAAUUUGCCGGUACUGCUGAGGCCAACGAAGAGGGCUCUGGUGAUGUCAAGUACCACUUGGGUAUGAACUUUGAGCGCCCCACCCCGUCUGGAAAGCGCGUGCAGCUGUCCCUUGUCGCCAACCCGUCCCAUCUUGAGGCCGAGGACCCCGUUGUGCUUGGAAAGACCCGCGCCAUUCUGCACUAUAACAACGACGAGAAAGAAGCUGUUAGUGCCAUGGGUGUUCUUCUGCACGGUGACGCCGCUUUUGCUGCACAGGGUGUCGUCUACGAAACUAUGGGCUUCCACCAGCUGCCCAGCUACCACACUGGCGGAACCAUUCACAUUGUUGUAAACAACCAGAUUGGUUUCACCACUGAUCCUAGGUUUUCGCGCUCUACUCCUUACUGCUCUGAUAUCGCCAAGGCCAUCGAUGCGCCCGUCUUCCACGUCAACGGCGAUGAUGUUGAAGCCGUCAACUUUGUCUGCCAGCUUGCCGCCGACUUCCGCGCUGAGUUCAAGAAGGACGUAGUCAUCGACAUGGUUUGCUACAGGAAACAGGGUCACAACGAAACUGAUCAACCUUUCUUCACUCAGCCCCUCAUGUACAAGAAGAUCUCGCAACAACCUCAGACACUGGACAUCUACACCAAGAAGCUCCUCGAGGAGAAGACUUUCACCAAGGAGGACAUUGAUGAGCACAAGGCUUGGGUCUGGGGUAUGCUAGAUGAGAGCUUCAACCGCAGCAAAGACUAUGUUUCCAACUCCCGGGAGUGGCUCACCUCUGCAUGGAACGGCUUCAAGACACCAAAGGAGCUUGCUACCGAGGUGUUGCCUCAUUUGCCGACUGCCAUUGAAGAGCCACAGCUGAAGCACAUCGCCAAGGUGAUCGGAGAGGCACCAGAGGACUUUAACGUACACAAGAACUUGAAGCGUAUCUUGGCUGGUCGUACCAAGACGGUCAUGGAUGGCCAGAACAUCGACAUGGCUACCGCCGAAGCGUUGGCAUUCGGAAGUCUGUGCAUGGAGGGUCACCACGUCCGUGUUUCUGGACAGGAUGUGGAGCGUGGAACCUUCUCUCAGCGUCACGCUGUCCUUCACGACCAGGAGACGGAGAAGACAUACACUCCCCUGCAAAACCUCAGCCAGGACCAGGCAACAUUUACCAUUUCCAACUCGUCUCUCAGCGAGUAUGGAGUGCUCGGUUUCGAAUACGGAUACUCACUGUCAUCGCCCAAUGCGCUUGUCAUGUGGGAGGCCCAGUUUGGUGACUUUGCCAACACUGCUCAGGUCAUCAUCGAUCAAUUCAUUGCAUCAGGUGAAGUCAAGUGGCUUCAGCGUUCCGGUCUCGUUAUGAGCUUGCCACAUGGUUACGAUGGUCAAGGUCCUGAGCACUCUUCGGGUCGUAUUGAGCGUUACCUGCAGCUAUGCAAUGAGGACCCACGCAUCUUCCCAUCGCCGGAGAAGCUUGAUCGCCAGCACCAGGACUGCAACAUGCAGAUUGCCUACACCACGAAGCCAUCCAACUUGUUCCAUCUUCUCCGUCGCCAGAUGAACCGCCAGUUCCGCAAGCCGCUCAUCCUGUUCUUCUCCAAGUCGCUCCUUCGCCACCCAAUUGCGCGCUCGAGCAUUGACGAGUUCACUGGAGACUCGCACUUCCAGUGGAUCAUUGAGGACCCCGCACAUGCCAGCGGAGAGAUUGAAUCGCACGAGGGCAUCAACCGCGUCAUUCUCUGCACUGGUCAGGUUUACGCUGCGCUUGUCAAGGAGCGUGAGGCACGUGGAGAGAAGGAUGUGGCGAUUACCCGCAUCGAGCAGCUCAACCCGUUCCCAUGGCAGCAGCUCAAGGACAACCUCGACUCAUACCCCAAUGCACAGAACAUUAUCUGGUGUCAAGAGGAGCCGCUCAACGCAGGAGCUUGGAGCUUCACACAGCCUAGGAUUGAGACUCUGCUCAACCAGACGGAGCACCACAACAGGAGACACGUCAUGUACGCUGGACGCAACCCUAGUGCAUCUGUAGCGACUGGACUCAAGGUAUCGCACAAGAACGAGGAGAAGGCGCUGCUGGAUAUGGCCUUCACGGUCAAGCAAGAUAAGCUGAAGAGCGAGUAAAGGAGUGGGUUGGACUUGUAAUAGAAGCCAGGAUCAUGGUUGGUUGCAUUGCUGGAUUCCCCCCUUGGUGCAAUGGAUAGAGUGAGGGUUGGGGAUGGUGGGCCUUGCAGGAUUGUUCAUUUGAGCAAUUUCAUCACUGCGGAUGUAGUUUUACUGCGUGUAGAGUAUCAAAAGCUGGAUCUUACCUUGUUACCAUGUUGUUCUUUGCCGUGGGCUG